AGGAGAAAAACUGAACAUCAUAAAUUUUGAUUUGAACAGAGCUGUGUUGGUUGCUUGUCGAUAAUUAUAAGAUGUAUCGAGUGUUCUUGUUGUGUGUAUUUGUUGUGUUCUGCAUGACUGCAGUUGGUAAAGCAGCUGAUGUGAGUACUAAGAUUUUUAAUGGUGAUAAUGCUAACAUAGAGGACUGUCCAUGGCAAGUAUCUGUUCAAGUGAAAGAUGAAGGAAAAUUUGUUCAUGACUGUGGGGGGUUAAUUAUUGACAACAGAUGGAUUCUUACAGCUGCACAUUGUUUUAGAAAGGGCCAACCAUUAAGUGAUUUUAGAGUGGGAGCAGGAAAUUCUAACCUAGAUGGGCUAGAAUUCAGAAGUGUAAAAAAGUUUUAUCCGCACGAAAACUUUAAUGAAAAAUUAGAAAUCGCUGAUAUUAUGUUGAUCGAACUACGGAGACCGUUUAGUUUUGGGUCUACUAUUAAUAAGAUCAGCAUGGACACUAAUGUAGACCAAGAUUACACAGGAGAAAGUUGUAAAGUGUCAGGUUGGGGAAAUACAAAUGGGACUGGUGGUAAUACGCCCACAAAACUUCUAAAAUCUACAGAAAUAACUGUUAUCAGCAAUGAAUCCUGUGCUAGGCAGUGGAGCGAGCCAAACUUUAAAACUGACAACACAAAACUAUGCGCUCAGGAGUUAGGAAGAGAUGUCUGUACUGGAGAUAGUGGAGGAGCUAUAGCUUGUGGCAACGCUGAUGAUUCUGCAUUAAAAGUUGUUGCUAUAGUAUCAUAUGGGGAGAAAAAGUGUGAUGGUAAAACGCCAGAUGUUUAUGUUCGAGUUUCUGCAUUCCAAGAUUGGAUUAAAAAGACGAAGAGUAAAAAAGGAAAAAGUAAUACGAAGGGGAAGAAAGAUAAGAAAAACAACAAAAACAACAAAAACAACAAAAACAACAAAAACAAGAAGAAUAAGAAGAACAAUUGAAGUUAAUAAGUGAUUGAAAAUAAAAUUUAGAGCAAUUAU